AUGGUAGCACCUAAAUUCUUUGUCGUGGCGCGCGUUGUUGGACGAGACGGAGCGCUCCCACUGCGCCUUGUUCAUCUGUGCAACGUCUCUGCCACUGAAACUUUGGGCGAUUCCUACUAUUGGGGACAAGAUCUUGAUGGCGAGCCCGACACCCUGUGGGGCCUAGAAGGGUACACUCACCCAGUCGGCUUUUUCCUUGGACAUGUCUCAACAGGUAUUUUCAAGCGGGAAAUGGCUCUGGUAGAUUCCGAUAAGCUGCUACGAAAUGAGCAGGGCUUGGCCAGUCGAGACUACGAUCUACACCACUACGAUUGGGCAGGUGGUUGGUUGAAGCGAACGGACGACCCCGAACGUGAUGGAAAAACAAGCCACAUUGCGAUAUAUCAUUUUUGGGCCACGGAUAAGACUCGUCGAGCAGACCUUAUAAUGACAUUUUUGGAUGCUUCCAAGAACCUUGAUGGAGCAUUGCAGAGCUUUGGGAUACUCAAAGAAGUAAGAGAUGAGAAAAUGCUCACCCUGUGGGUGCGGUAA